AUAACAUAAUAGAGAGAGAGAGAGAGAGAGAGAAAACGCAAUAAUAAAAUCGAAAAUUACAGGAGGGAAGAGGACAGAGAAAGAGAGAGGCGAAGGAGGAAGGAGAUCUGUUCGAACCAACACAAAUCUCCCCGAUCAGAUCGGACCCUUUUGUCUGCAAAUUAGGGUUUUGCCUCCCCCAAUUCCUCUCCCAAUUUUUCAAAUUUUGAAACAUCUUUUUUUUGCCGUUAAACACACACCCCUCGAUUCAUACACCACAUAAUUCUCUUUUCUUUCUCUUGAUCUGAAUUGGAUCGUUAUUUCCAAGGUUUGUUUAUAGGGUUUUUGAUGGCGAUUCGUCAAUGUUUAGGUUCGGUUUGUAGAGUUCGUGAAAAUUGAUGAGUUUAAGGAGCUUUGAGGUUGGGAUUUGUGUGCAUUUCAAUGGCGUCGGCUCAGGUUUUACCCAGUACGGCUUCUACCGCCAAGAAGCAAGAGCAUUUGGAAGCUGGAAAGCGACGGCUGGAAGAGUUUCGUAAGAAGAAAGCAGCAGACCGAGCCAAAAAGUCUGCGCCAGCGAUCAAUGCUAAUGUUGUUCGACAUGAUGAGCAACCUUUAGACAAUCAACGUGUAAGGCUUACGGAUUCAAAUGGGGUUGGUACAUCGGAUGGAGUUAGUGAAAAAGUUGAACCAUCUCGUGUAGUUUUUGAUGAUGAAAACAAAGCGAAUGAGUUUGUCCAAAAAAAUGAGCUAGGUUCUUCUGACACAAAUGCUAAGCCACCUGUGCCAACAAACUAUUAUAAUGCAUUUUCUGCAGCAACAGUGCAGGCACAUAUGAAGGAUCAAGAAUUUGAUAGGUAUAAUGCAUUGCACUCUACUGGAACUGUAAAUGUGAAUUAUGGCCAUCAGCCACAAGAGAAGAAUGAUGACUUAAGCAUUUCUACUGGAGCCUCAAUCAGACAUGGGGAUGGGAUUGCAACUGACCAAUCCGUUGCUUUUCGUCCUCAAGUGGUCUGGGAAACUGAUGGCAAUUCUGGUCAACCUGGUCCUUAUGGGUUGGAGGGAGCCCAUUCAAAAGAUAAUGAUCAUGUCAAGGAUUUUACGGUUACAAGUUCUGCUACUCAUGAUAUUGUUGCAAAUGUCUCUCGUGAAAAUUCUGGUAGUUUCCUACUGCAAAAUAAGUUUGGUUAUACUAGCCCACAGGCUAGUGGUCUAAUGUCCUUAUAUGGAGAUUCUGUUCACCCUUCUACCAAGAUCAGAGAGUCUUAUGUUGAAGUAGGGCAAAACAGGCAUGCUGUUCCAGAGUCUAAUAAUACUAUGACUUUUGAUGUGGAAGAAAGAAAACUUAGUAAUUCUGCUGGUCAUUUGCCUGGUGGAAACAGCACUCCAUUUUGGCCAUCUGAAUCUCGAUCUACUGCCUUCAGUUUUGAUCUCAGAAGUUCAUCUGAUAAUCUGCCGUUGUAUCCAGACAUAGCUGAAACUAAUACUAGGAGAUCUCGUCCAUCUUUCCUUGAUUCUCUUAACAUGCCAAGUGCAACAUCUGCUUCUGAGAAGCCAUUUACUGAGACUGAAACUACUCAAACUUUCUCAAAGUGGAAGUCUUCGAAUGUGCCUAGCGCAUUUGAGCAUUCAAGGACCUCAGCAAUUUCUUCUGGACAUGGGGAUGACAUGUUCAGGCAUACUGUCAAUGACAACAGCAUGGAGAGGAAACGUGACUCUUAUUCACGAAAACAGGAUGAAGAUUUCGCUGCGUUGGAGCAGCAUAUUGAAGAUUUGACACAAGAAAAAUUCUCUAUGCAGCGAGCUCUUGAGGCUUCAAGAGCUUUAGCGGAGUCUUUAGCUACUGAAAAUUCGUCACUGACAGAUAGUUAUAAUCAACAGGGAAGCGUUGUCAGCCAACUAAAAUCUGACAUGGAAACGCUACAAGAGGAAAUUAAGGCCCAACUGGUGGAACUUGAGUCUAUAAAAAUGGAAUAUGCAAAUGCUCAACUAGAAUGUAAUGCAGCUGAUGAACGUGCCAAAUUGUUAGCUUCUGAAGUUAUUGGCUUAGAAGAGAAGGCACUCAGACUGAGGUCUAGUGAACUAAAACUGGAGAGGCAAUUAGAGAACUCACAAGCUGAAAUUGCUACAUUCAACCUUUCCAUGUUGAAUUUUGUAGAAAGAAAAUGUCAAGCCUUGAGAAAGAGCGUCAAGAUUUGCAAUCGACUAUUGAUGCUCUGCAAGAAGGUUGCUAUUGGAAUUCUGAUUCUCAGAAGUAGGGUGUUCCAUCUAACGUCCAAAUAUUUCCAAGAGAAAAAGCUGCUGCAAGCUAAGCUACGGAAAGCAUCUGCAAAUGGAAAGUUCAUUGAUGUUAACAAGGGUCCCUCUAACAAAAAAGAUGUGUCAACUUCUACAGAUGAUUUGAUCCAUGAGGACGAUGCAGAUGCUUCAGCGGACACCUCAAACCAGGAAAUGCACAGUACUGCACCUUUUCUCAGAAGUGAAGCCUCCAGUUCCUCGUUGCUCCCUGAAAAUAGACAGUUCAAUCUUGAAGUUUCAUCUUUAAAUAUUCCAGUUGAUCAAAUGAAAACGAUUCAAAACAUUAACACAUUAAUUUCCGAGUUAGCAUUGGAGAAGGAAGAGUUGAUGCGAGCAUUGCUUGCUGAAUCAUCUGAAAGUUCCACGCUGAAGGAAUUGAACAAGGACUUAUCCCGAAAACUUGAGGUUCAAACGCAAAGAUUAGAGCUUUUGACUGCUCAAAGUAUGGCACAUGAAAAGAUUCCAACACAACUACCAGAUCCUAGCAGCAUGCAUGACUACACUCCAUAUGCAGAUGAAGGCGAUGAGGUGGUGGAAAGGGUAUUGGGUUGGAUUAUGAAGCUCUUUCCAGGUGGACCAUCAAGGCGGCGAACCAGCAAGCUUCUUUGAUUUGUGAGUGGUAAAGACAGCUUUCCAAUGAAAAAGCAUAUUUGCAGAUUCCUCCCCCACCCUUAUUUUUGGUGGUACAGCAGCGGUUGCAAUCUGUAUAUUGCGAGUCAAUUACACCAUCCAUUCUUUUUUUGAGAGGCUUUCUAAUCAAUUGGAGGAUGCAAUUGUCGUCUCUCAACAGUUCUGAAAAUAAAGAUGUCCCAUUGUUGCUUCUAUUAGUAAACUUGGGAAUGCAAUAGUUUAGCGAGACAUUUUUUGCACAUGAGAGGAAAGUUACCAGAAAGAGAAAGAAGAGAGAAAAUCAUUUUGUUGCAAGAGUAGACAUGAUAUUGUAAUGUGUUGUUUCUUGUCAUAAUUAUAUUGUACGUGUGUUGAGGAGGUUGUUGGGGCUUAAAGCCCAAUAUAUGAAAGAAAUGAUUUUUGGCAAUUUUACAUGUAUAAUCUUUUACA